AAGUGACCGUGACACAUGUCUCAAACGGUCGUUGUGGGCGACACACUUUGCCUUGAGGAAAUGGCAAAAGAAAAGUGUGAUGAAGACAAUGCAGUAAAGGGUGAGGACCGGCCAGGGUCGCCCCUGGCAGAGACACCCAUCGUCUUCCCCAUCCUUGACGCCGUCGCUGAGCGCCACAAGGACGUGACAGACUCCUCACACGCGCAAGAGUUCCAGGACUCAAACGCCGCUAGUCUCCCGGACUCUACAUGGGGCGCUGCCACACCUUCCUUGGGACAUCUCUCAGCUUUCACAGAAUGGUAUCGUAGAACUAGCAAGGAUGGCUGUGUGCCCACAGUGGGCAGUGGGGCAGAUGGUAGCUGUGUGCCCACAGUGGGCAGUGGGGCAGAUGGUGGCUGUGUGCCCACAGUGGGCAGUGGGGCAGAUGGUGGCUGUGUGCCCACAAUGGGCAGUGGGGCAGAUGGUGGCUGUGUGCCCACAAUGGGCAGUGGGGCAGAUGGUGGCUGUGCCCCCACAGAGACCAGCGGGGCUGAUGAUGCCGCACCAGUCGUCCCAAGAAGACAGAGACGUCGCCUGGGUGUAAUUCACCCGCCGCUCUCCAGGGCGGCCAACGACUGCCGUCUCAGUGUUUCUUUCGGCGACGUAACUGUGUGUGAUAAGUUGAACGUCCACCCGAGACGCAAGUCCCUGCCCUGUAACAUCCACCCGAUACUCAAGUCCAUGCCCUCUGGCUUGGACAUCAACAUCAGACGCCAGUCCCUACCAUGCGACUGGGACGUCAAUCCGAGAACUCAGUCCCAACCCUGCGGUCUGACCAUCAAGUCGACAUCCUUGCCCCAACCCUGCGUCUUGGAUAUCAACUCGACAUCCACGUCGGACAUCAACCCGAAGCGCCAGUUCCUGCCCUGUGAUUGGGACAUCAACUCAACACACAAGACCCUACCCUUCAGCUGUGACAUCAGCACGAGACGCAAGUCCCUGCCCAGCGGCCUGGACAUCACUCCGAGAUACAAGUCCCAAUCACGCGACACGAACAUCAAUCACAGACGAAGGUCCCUGCCUUGUGACUUGGACAUCAACCCCUAUGACAGCGUGUCCAACCUCUCUUUCUUUGAUGACAUUAUCUUAGCGGCCGCGACUCCUGCCUUAGGCCCAGAUAUAUCUAAGCGACACACUCUCAACUCGUUCUUAAAGAUGAUCGGAGGCUUUCCUGAGCGGCUGGCCAACAAGAGUCACUUCGAUAGCUGCUCAAGCUUAGCCACGUCCAGGUCGAGCCUUCAGGAGCCACAGUCUCUUCCUAGCGUGUAUGUGCCUCGCUCCAGACGCAGCACAGAGCAGCAGGAGGAGCUGGAGCUGCAGCAGAUACGGGAGGGCUGCCUUCCCAGGGUGUCAGGGAACGUGUACCCAAGGGUGAUGAGGCCAUAUAUCACUCAUGGAGGCUUCAGUGCCUGGAAGGACGUUGACAGUUCCGCGCCCAAGAUGUACGGGCGGUACACCAAGGACCUGAGCCGGUACGCCAGACAGGAGGCCAAGAAACUCAAGACUGAAGAAAAGAGCACCUUGGAGAGUGGUACAUCAGGUCUGCGGCCGUACCGGGGGAAGGUGGCCAGCAAGUGCGUGAGGUUCCUGAGCACAGUGUGGCGGGCCACCUUCGCCAGGGUGGGCGAGGACUGGGUCUUCCUGGCCAUGCUGGGUGUGGUCAUGGCCAUCAUCUCCUUCAUCAUGGACUACGGCAUCGCCAUGUGCAACAAAGCUCGACUAUGGCUGUACCGAGACCUGGCGAGCCACACGGCCCUGCAGUACCUGGCCUGGGUCUCCCUCCCCGUCUGCCUCAUACUCUUCUCUGCUGGCUUCUCCCACCUCCUGGCUCCCCAGGCUGUUGGUUCUGGCCUUCCUGAGAUUAUCGCUCUGCUCAAAGGCUCUGGCAUCCCAGAGAUGAAGACCAUCCUGAGGGGGGUGGUGCUUAAGGAAUACCUCACCUUCAAGACUCUGAUAGCUAAGGUCAUUGGUCUCACAGCCACCCUGGGCACUGGAUUGCCACUAGGCAAGGAGGGCCCCUUCGUACACAUUGCCAGUCUGGUGGCCACUCUGCUGUCCAAGGCCGUCACCUCGUUUAAGGGCAUCUACGAGAAUGAGUCGCGUAACUCCGAGAUGUUAGCUGCAGCGUGCGCUGUGGGUGUGGCUUGCUGCUUUGCUGCACCUGUUGGUGGAGUGUUGUUCAGCAUCGAGGUCACAAGUGUGUACUUUGCUGUCAGAAAUUACUGGCGAGGGUUCUUUGCGGCCGUGUGUGGAGCCAUGAUGUUCCGACUGCUGGCAGUUUGGUUCAACGAUGAAGAAACUUUGACUGCACUCUUCAAGACCAACUUCAAGGUGGGAUACCCAUUCGAUCCACAGGAGCUGUUCGUCUUUGCUCUUGUUGGAGUUCUGUGUGGCUUCCUGGGUGCACUCUUCGUGUAUUCGCAUCGUCGUUACGUCAUCUUCAUGAGGAAGAACAAAAAGAUGAAGGCCUUCCUUCAGAAGAGUCGCCUGUUGUACCCUUUCUUCAUCACCAUGAUUUAUGGGUCCCUGUCCUUCCCCCUCGGCCUUGGACAGUUCUUCGGCACUGAACUUGGCGGUCACCAACAGGUAAUAGAAUUGUUUAGUAACAUCACAUGGACCAAGGAGGUUCACACAGUCCAGGAGUUUACAAUUGUUGAGAAUUGGAGAACACCAUGGACGGGGAUCUUUGUCAGCCUGAUUAUAUACUCAGCAUUUACAUUCUUUGGGUGUGUGAUAUGCAGCACCCUCCCAGUUCCAUCAGGUCUCUUCAUCCCAGUGUUUAAGACUGGAGCUGCUGUAGGCAGAAUUGUUGGUGAGAUAAUGGCUUCCACAUUCCCUAAUGGCUUGCGCUAUGGUGGCCACAAUCACAUCAUUAUUCCAGGUGGUUACUCAAUUGUGGGUGCAGCAGCUCUGGCUGGCGCCGUCACCCACACCAUCUCUACUUCAGUUAUUGUCUUUGAACUCACAGGCCAGAUUACUCACAUCCUUCCUGUUAUGAUUGCUGUGCUUAUUGCAAACGGCAUUGCACAACUCCUUCAGCCAUCUAUUUAUGACUCUAUCAUCCAGAUUAAGAAACUACCUUAUCUACCUGAUAUUCUAACGGCCACUUCUGGUGCCUAUAAUAUUUAUGUUGAAGACUUCAUGGUGCGGGAUGUAAAAUAUAUUUGGUAUGGUAUCGCAUAUCGGGAACUGAAGAACAUUCUUAAAGAGCAUAAAAAAAUAAGAUCACUACCCCUAGUCGAUUCUCCAGACUCCAUGAUUCUCCUGGGAUCAAUACAGAGGUCAGAGCUAAUAUCCAUGCUGGAGGAACAUCUAGGCAAGGAUCGGCGACUCAGAGUCAUCAAUAAGUGGAAAUUUGCAGCACAAAAAGUUCUUGAAGCUGAGCAACUGCACGAGAUGGGAGAGAACCAACAUGAAAAUGAAAGAAAAAGGGCAAAACAACGGCUUCUUGACAUUGAAGAGGCAAUAAAGAGAAAGCCUACCACAGUACCAUCAGGCAGCUUGACACUCAUGGCUGGAAUGGGUGCAGAUGAAAAUGAUUCAUUGCUGGUACCAUCAACAGUCCCAACAGUGCCAGCACCACCAGCAAUGACCCCAGCACCACCAUCAAUGACCCCAGCACCACCAUCAGUGACCCCAGCACCAGCAUCAGUGACCCCAGCACCACCAUCAGUGAUCCCAGCACCAUCAAUGAUCCCAGCACCACCAUCAAUAAUCCCAUCAUCAAAUAUUCCAGCAGCCCCAUCAAUUUUUCUAGAAGUACCAUCAACUUCUGCCUCUGCCAUCAGUAGCACUGCUACUACAAUAUCUACCCCCAACACUGUUGCUCCACUGCCUGUUAUCAUGACAGACAUGAUGGAGGUCUUAGGAAAACAAGAACGAAGACCUUCCAGAUUUGAGGUUACAAAGAUUGAAACUCCUUCCAAAGAAAAUGAAUCUUCAAUUGCUCUACAAAUAGACGCUAUGGAGAUCCCAGCAGCAUCAGAGCCUACGCUUGACAGAGACAACACUUUUAGAAGGAAUACCAUGCCAAAAUCUAUUUUGAAAAAGACCAAUAGUUUUAUUCUUCACCCUACAGCAUCAUCACCCAUUGCUUCCCCACAACACACCCCUUAUGCUACAGUCCAUGCUGGGGACUCCAAACUACGACAAGCUUUUGAAUCAGUGAUAAGGAAGACAAACUUAAGAAAUGGCAGUGAUAAAGAAGCCCAUAGCACUCAGAGUGUAAACUCCAAUAAUCCCAAAAGGGUAUCUUUGCCGAUGGAACGAAUGGUAGAGAUGACUCUAGAAGAGCAGCGUCGUUGGGAAGAAGAGGAACUCGACAAGGAGGUAGACUUUAGCAAGUGUCAUAUUGAUCCUGCACCAUUUCAACUUGUUGAGAGAACCUCACUUCUUAAAGUGCACUCACUGUUCUCCAUGCUGGGUCUGAACCAUGCUUAUGUCACAGCCAUCGGCAGGAUCAUUGGUGUCGUGGCUCUGAAAGAGUUAAGACAAGCAGUUGAAUCAACGAAUUCUGGUGACUUCAGCAAGCCCAGAAGAGAUAAGGGUGUUGGGGGCUCUUUCAGAGAGAGGUUUUUGAGGUCCACAAUACGAAGAAAGCUGCGAAAAGCCAUCGAGGAGACAAACUCAGGUGACUUCCCCAAGGCUGACCCGGCUCCAGCUGCUACGUCAACACGAGCCACUGAUGCCAGCAGUUCUACUGAAGCCACUAAAGAAGGGUCUAAGGAGUGAGGUAAAGAAGAGAUGAAAAUAAAUUAUUUAUUCUUAUUAUUAAUUUAAAAUGUACUGUACAUAAGGUGAAGUAGUAGACCUACUGCCAGCAGUGAAGAAUAUACCCAGUGUGCACUGUCGGUUGAAAGCGGCCGAUGUUAUAUACUGUUUACUAUGUAACAUCAGUCGCUUUCAACCAACGGCACCCACUGGGUACACUACUUACAUACAGUGCUGGGGCAAAGUGAAGUUGAAUGUAUUGUGAUACAUAGUGACUAUUUAUUUUGUUCAAUUUUCAUUCAGAGAAAGGAAUGAAUAAGAAUAAGAAAGAAUAACAGAAUUACCUAGUACUGUAAAUGUAUUUUUAUCUGUACAAAAUACUAUAGCAACUUUUUGCUGGCAUUGCAUUUGUUGAAAAGAAGUGGUAUGUGUAUAGAAUAUAUUGUAUAAAAUGUAUUAUUGUACAGUAUUUGUAUAUUGUAAUGGCUAAGAUUGUUACAUAAAAUUGUAUUUAGUUGAUGAAUCCUAUUCACUCGUUAUAGUAAACUUAUUUUAUAUAAAGCAUUAUUUUCAAGUAUUGUACUGUACUAGUAAUAUUAAGAAUUGCAGUAAGACUUGAUCUCAGAGUAAUUACAGGUACUUUAAUAUGGUGCAUACUGAAGGGUGGUAUAGAUACUUAGUAUUUCCUUUUUUAAGUGUGGUCGAGAACGACAGCACUUUAAUGUACAAAAAAAAUGCUGCAUUGCAAAAAAUAUAUAGUUAAUCAGGC